AUGAUUCACACCAGCAGUGUCACCAGUAAAGAAACACCCACCUUCUGGUUCAUCGUUAGUGCCAAUGGCAGAAUAGCUGAUGCCAGAGCAGAUCCUGAAGCCACAUUAACAUGUGCUGCUCAGAGUCAAACUACACUGGUGUCCAAACUGGAGGCCCUGCAGUGCCACUUCACCUGGGAUCUGGACCCCAGCAGGUGGAAAAGUCUUCGUCUCCAGGACCAACUGAAGGACAUCAGCACCGAGGAGGGAAACAGCUGGCUGGGUCACAUUAACAACCUGCAGGGGUUCAUUCAGUACAAGCUGGGCUUCACUGAAGACUGCCAGAAUUUGUUAAACAAGGCUGCAGAGGCCUUCUGCCAGCUGAGAAACGCAGACGAGGGUCCCUGGUUGAUGGUGAACUACGGGAACCUGGCUUGGCUGCACCACCACCUGGGGGACGAAGCAGAGAGUGAGGCUUACCUGUCAAAGGUCGACGCCCUGAUGAAUAAAUACCCGUCUCCAUCCCAGGACGAGCUCCACCCGGAGAUCUACGCUGAAAAAGCCUGGACCCUGAUGGAGUUCACUGCUGACAAAGAAGUGAUUGAAGAAUACUUUGAGAAAGCCAUCAGGAUGCAGCCGGACAUGGUGGAGUGGAAGACCAGCUACGCUUUAGCAUCAAUUAAUGUUUUUAAGUACAGCAGCACAGGGGUGGAGGCUGAAGUCUUGGAGAGAAUGAGAAUCGCCAAGGAACAAGAUCCAGAGAACUUGUACCUCGCUGCUAACUACCUUGUGCAACGUGCUAUAAAAGGAGAAAAGGUUGAAGAUGAAGCUCGUGAGUUAGCACGAAAGGUUUUGAGAAAUCCUGUCAGCAGCUACAGGGGUUUUAAAGCAUUGAUUUGGUUUUACAGAAACUAUGUUUCUGUUGACGAGGCUAUUGAUUUGGUAGAGGAGGCUCUGAAAAAACAUCCAGAUGAGCGUUAUCUGAAGAGAUGUGCUGCCCUCUGCUACAGACAGAAGAUCGUCUGGUGCAGUUAUGGUUGCACAGAGCAAAGUGUGAUCAACAGAGCAAUCACUCUCCAUGAGGAGGUGAUUUCUCUUUACCCUCAUUCUUCUCUCAGGAUGAAAAUAGACCUCGCAAAUAUAUACGCAAAGUCAGGUUACAGUCUGGCUAAAGCUGAGCAGAUCUACCAGGAACUGUUAGAAAGUGACCUGGAACCUGCAGACAGACAGAUGCUGUACACACUGUAUGCAAAACAUCUGUGCUGCAUUCAACAAGAUUACAACAGGUCAACAGAAUAUAACAUGAAGUCAGCAGAGAUACCGCACCAAUCAGAGUUUCGUGAGAACAGCAUCAAACCUUUGAGCGGCGUUAGAGACAAAAACAGGAGCAGAGAAACUAGAGAGAAACUAGCAGAGUUUCUGAGAAACCUGCCGGAGCCACACUAG